GUAUUUAAAAUUUUCUUUUUUACAGGUAUCUCCGGCUGUAUGGGAGAAAUUUUAGUAAAGAAGAUCACGUUCUUUUCAUUAAGCUGUUGUAUGAACUAGUAACUAUUCCAAAAUUGGAGAUCAGCAUGAUGCAAGGUUUUGCUCGACUUUUAAUAAACUUGCUGAAAAAAAAAGAACUUUUGUCAAGAGAUGAUUUAGAAUUGCCCUGGAGACCACUUUAUGAAAUGCUGGAACGUAUAUUGUAUUCUAAGACAGAACAUCUUGGAUUGAAUUGGUUUCCAAACUCAGUAGAAAGUGUUCUGAAGACUCUUGUGAAAAAUUGUAGACUUUAUUUCCCAGAAAGUGCCACAGCAGAGAUGUUAGAUGAAUGGCGGCCAUUAAUGUGCCCUUUUGAUGUCACCAUGCAAAAAGCUAUCACUUAUUUUGAACUGUUUCUACCUACCACUCUUCCUCCAGAGUGCCAUCACAAAGGUUUUAA